AUGACGGACAAACGAUACUCUAUGACGCCAAUACGGUCAUCUACUGCCCAGCCAUAUCUGCCGACAGAAAAUAUGCCCAACAACCAACGCUCCCUAACGCCAGUACCGUUGCUUGAAGACACAGACUUUCUGCGCAAGGCGUGGCGAUACCCUCCAAUGGCACCACGGCCUGUUCCUCCACCCUCCGUCGCCCCCAGAUCCCUCUUGCCCUACCCAGGCUACUGCACAUCCCCCCGCCCAACAACACCCAGUGGCUCAACUUGUCCCGCCCCCAGGGCACCUCUCCAAGAGCUCCCUCUCCCCACCCGUUCACCAUCCCCCACCUUCGUAACGGAUGCAGUCGAAGCCUUCGAAGACAUCGCCGACAUGGCAAAAGCCUAUGGCGAAAAAUUCGUCGAGCGCGCCGAGUCCGAUGCGAAAUGUAUUAGAGAGCGGAUCCAGAAGCUUCGAGAUGAAACUGACGCUCGGAUUAAAGAGCUGGAGGAGGAGUUUUAUAGAAAGACUAGAGAGCCACAGGAGAGUUUGGAGAGACUUCGUGCUCUUGUGGCGGCGCAGAAGACGAGUCUUGGCUUGAUCGAGCGGUGGAAAGAAAUGGAUAGAGGAUCUACGGGAAUGAAUGGCCUCUAG